AUGGAGAGAAUUCACGGUGCACAAUAUGAAAGCCCUAACUAUGGCAUCAAUCUUAAUUUGUUACGUCUGGAAGGUUCCAUUUCGGAAUAUGAGUUGUCUGGUUAUGUAACAGUGUUGCAGGAGAUUUCGGACAAUCUUAAGAAGGAAAGUGGUAACGUAUAUCCGCCUUUGAGCGGUAGUGUUGACUGGAGUGAUCUGUUAUUAGCUGCCUGUUCAGGUGUCAAGGGUAUGACCAGUUUACGAGCACCUAUUUAUACGGGGAUGUAUCUUAAGUUAUGUGUGGCGGCAACUAAUCAGCUAUCAGUUUCCUCCCAUCCGGAAAGGUCUCCCUACCAUUGUCGUGUGGAGGAUGUACGGAUCGUGGUCAAGGUCGCUGGAGAUAAACGGGCAGCUGUUCCCGAAAAGAUCCUCUAUGACCAUUACGUCGAGGCCCUUAGCCCUUGCCAAUUGGCAUCAUUCGUCUUCAACUUUCAUGCGUUAUCGUCCUGCCAGCUGUGCAUACAUGUCAGUUGCAAACGGAACUUUUUGAUCUACGGACGAAAUGAGAAACGGGAUAUAGAGUUUCGAAGCAUAUAUACCGUCAACUGUGUAGACCCUAUCCUAUUUACACAAAGAAUCAAGUCAAAAACCAUUACACCUAAUGCCAGACUCCGACGAAUGAACGACGACAGGCAGAUUGCUGCCAACCAGCGCAAUACCCAACCCCACCUGGACCUGGCACAGGACCUGACACAGGACCUGGCACAGGACCUGGCACAGGACCUGGCACAGGACCUGGCACAGGACCUGGCACAGGACCUGACACAGGACCUGGCACAGGACCUGACACAGGACCUGGCACAACAGGAUACGGAAUAUUGGACGGAACUGCUUCUAGAAAACAACUGUCAAGGAACACUUCAGAUACAAGAACUACUUUAUGAAAAUGGAGCCAUCUCUCUAAUAAAAACUCCUCCUUUUAUUCUACGGCACCCAGGAUCCAAAACCUCUUUCGUUCAUCCUGCUAUAUUCGAACGAUCCGGCAACCAAAUUUUCCAAACCCUGACGUACUUGUUAAAAUACAGCAUUUGUGGCGUUGCUGAAAUGGGCGCAUUCACCAUCGAACUGCCCAUGCCCACACAUGUGAUAGACAGUUACCUCGAAUCAAGGAUCAAGCCGAAACUAAUUCCGCUUUCAUUACCGAAGGAAACCAGUCUCGGUAUACCAGCUACAAUCGCUUUCAAAAUCGUUCGAAGGCGACAUCCUGUCACAUCCCCACAACCAUCAGCCAAACCUGUGCCGCACGAUAUGCAAAGCAAGCAUGAUAUGCUCGAAGCAGUUUUCAAAGACCCAAGUUUCCUACAAGCAAAUCACGACGCCGGGGAUGACGCCGGGGAUGACGGCGGGGAUGACGGCCAUCGGGAAGAAGACGGAAUAGAAUCGGGCGGCGUUGCACCAGAAGAUUCAGUGGAACUUAAUCUAAACGCGGCCUCAAUGUAUAGGAACGAACUUGGCGGUAAGAAUGAACUUGGCGGUAAGAACGGAACUGCCAACGACCGGAACCAGCCUUUGGAGGAGGUCAUCUUCGUUGAACCUGUACCCAGUUCGCAUCUACAUUUAAUUGGGUCCUUUCCCGUGCGAGCAAGACUGAAUGAACAGCUCCUACUUACUUUUCUACCGAGCAAAACCGGCUGGAAUUUGUUUCCUCAGUUCAAAGUGACACCGUUCGCCGCCUCUCAACAUGACGUUAGGAAUCGCGAAAGCCAUUUGCUUACCAUCGAUAUGAGUUACAAAUGUGUGUGA